UUUUGGGAAAACGAGGUGUGGAGAGGAAACCAGAGCGUGCGUGAGAGAGAGCGAGAGAGUGAGAGAGAGAGUAUGUGUGUGUUUGUGUGCGGUGAAAGAAGGGGAGGGUGGUGUUGGUGGUGGGUUGUGCGAGGACGAGACUGGAACGUUUGUGUGUCGCAAGAGGUGGACGUUUAGGCAGCGGAUGGAGUUGGGUUUCGUCUUGCGCGUUGGAUUUGGGUGGCGGUGGUUGGCUUUUUUUAAAAUUUAAUUUAAUUUAAUUUAAUUUUUUAUUUUAUUUUACCUUUUCAUUUCCUUUCCUUCUUCUCUCGCUCUGGGUUAUUUAAAUUUCAAAAUUCAAAAUUAGCUGAGGUGAGUUUGGCGGCUGGUAGAGGAGGUGUAGUGAAGGGGAGCGGGAGGGUGUAUUUUGAAUGCAUUGCAUGGUCGGGAGCUUGGUCGAGUGAUUGUUGUAGGUUUUGUGAAGAGGGUUUUAGGAUUUUGAAGAUGUCGGGGAAGGCUCAGGCGUUUGAGAUUCCGGUUCUAGAUGCUGGGGGAGUCCAUAACUUUACUUCCGAAUAUUUUUGUCUACUGAUUAUCUAAUCACUUCUUAGCCUCAACCUUUCGGACAAAAGUACAAGAACUAGACCUACUCAGCCCAAGAUAAUUGUAGUUUUUCAAGUUGUCCGGCGGCAUAAUUUUGGUAGUGAUUCUUGUAGUGCUAGGUUCUAAGGGCUGCGUAUCUGAAACUUUGUACCAAACCUAAGCAAGAUGUCGAACGCUAAGCAACAAGCGAAGGAGAAGGAAAUGGCAAUGAGUGUAUCAAAUGUUUAUCUCCACGUUGUGGAAGAUGUAAUCAACAAUGUACGCAUUGACUUCCAGAGUGAAGGAGUAGAUGAUAAUGUUCUCAACGAGCUUCAGUCGCUUUGGGAGCUGAAGUUGGUGCAGUCAGGCGCAAUUCAGGAUCCUACUGCUCAUGACCCUCUUGCAAACCCAGCAGCUAAACCUAUACCUCAAACAGUAGCUACUCCAGUACUCGAUUUGAAUGGACCUUAUGUGGCAGCUGAGGAAUACGAGACUCCGCCUAAUGACUUCCCUCGGGUGCCCGCAUCAACUAGUUCCCGCGAGCCUGUGAUGUUUCAGUACAUGCCUCCAGGUCCCAGCGAGGAAUCCCUGCAGAUUGACCCUGGUCAGCAGCACCUUGCUCCUAGGAUUGGAAACGGAACGCCAAGUUCAUACAUGCAACAGCCAGCCUCUUGGAUGAAUCAAAAACAUCGUGGAGUUGAACUCAAUAUGAAUGAAACAUAUGAGGAAAGAGAAGGAGAUACUGAUACAGCACAAGCACCUGUUGCAGCGCCAGGCGCACCUCCUAUUACCAAGGAUUUUCUCACCAUUUCUACAGGCAAGAGAAAACACGAUGAAAUUUCCUCUGGACAGUAUUAUAUCCCUCAACGAGAUGGUGCUGUAGAUGAUGAGCUGUCUACAUCGAUGGGUGAAACUUGUGAAAAUGAGGGCCGGGAGGUGUUGGGAAACUGGCAGGCUGAGAGAAGCGUUGGUAGGAGUGAAGAUUUACGGUUAUGGUUGCAAUACAGGCGAAGUGCAGAUGCUGCAAUUGAGCAGCUGAUACACGCCAAACUGUUGCAGGGUUUGUCAGGUGUUGCGCAACUUGAUGGUAUUGACGACGAAUAUGAUGAUGCUGUCGCAGAGGACUACAAUGAGCCUGAGGAUGACCUUCCUGUGCCAGAAGCAAAGAUUGCAGUAAACGCUGAGCCAACAGAGUCAGAGGGUUCUGAACCGCCACUAUGUGAAGAUGAUGACGAAGAUGAUGUAGAUGAUGCAGAUCGUGGAGAUGACGAACCUGAUACUAAUCAUUUAGUCCUUGCCCAGUUUGAUAAGGUAACUAGGUCAAAGAACAAGUGGAAGUGUACUCUGAAGGAUGGUAUCAUGCACCUGAAUAAUCGUGAUAUUCUAUUUGUAAAGGCAACUGGGGAGUUCGAAUUUUGAGCAGUUUGAUAUUUUGAUGGUUAAUGGAAGUUGUCCCACUGCUCUGAGGGAUUGUGAUUGAAAAGGGCUUAAACGCCAUAAUUGGUGGGGCUGACACGACCUGAAAUGAGGUGAUUCGAUUUUUUUCAAUCUGUGUUACUUUUAGUUGGGAUAAAGUUGAACUCGGAUUCCAAACUUAAUUUGCUCGACCAGCUGUAUGCUACCUUUCCAGUGCUUUGACCAAGGAACACCUUGUGGUUUCGGAUGUGAAAGCAACAUCAAUAGUAUCCGGGGUCAUACCCUAACUUAGUCAAUGGCUCAGCCUGUCUCUGCAUCCGCUUGUGCCCUCUGCGUUGACAAAUGCCUUCUGUAGAAUGAUUCUUUGAUUGUAGGACAGACUCCCCAAACUUAGAAGAAAGAACAUGCUCUUAGGGGGUGUGAUGAGGCUCUAAUCUGCAAUAGAAAACACCUUUGU